GCGCGCGCAGCCGCGGUUCCGGUUCCGGUUCCGACCCGGCAAGGAGGAGGAGCGCGAGCCCGGCCUGCGGAGGUACCAGCAGCUGGCGUCUGCUGCUGCGAUGCUGCCCCGCGUGGGGAUGUCCCUCCGGCGCCUGGCCUGGGCCUGGCCUGGGCCGUGUUGGUGGCCAGCCCCCCGGAGGUGCAGACGACGCGGCGCCCUGCACACGGCCCCGGCUGCGCGCUCCGACAGCAGCGCCCUGGGCUUCCACCGCGCCCUGGGCUUCGGGGACAGGAUCGCCCUCGUCGACCAGCACGGCAGCCACACGUACAAGGACCUCUACUCACGCAGCCUCUGCCUGUCCCGGGAGAUCUGCCGGCUCCGUGGGCGUGCCGACGGGGACCUCCGGGAGGAGAGGGUCUCCCUCCUGUGCGGCAACGACGUCUCCUUCGUGGUGGCGCAGUGGGCCACGUGGAUGAGCGGCGGCAUCGCCGUCCCCCUCUGCAGGAAGCACCCCCGGGCCCAGCUGGAGUAUUUCAUCCAGGACUCGCGCAGCUCCGUGGUCCUCGCCGGCCCGGAGCACGUGGCGCUCCUGAGCCCGGUGGUCCAGAAGCUGGGGGUCCCGCUCCUGCCUCUCCCGCCCGCAGUCUACCACGGGGCAGCCGAGGACCCCGGGGAAGGCCGGGUGCCAGAGUGGGACUGGAGAGACCGGGGCGCCAUGAUCAUCUACACCAGCGGGACCACGGGGAGACCCAAGGGCGUCCUGAGCACCCAUCACAACAUCAGGGCCGUGGUGACGGGGCUGGUCCGCAAGUGGGCCUGGACGAAGGACGAUGUGAUCCUCCACGUCCUCCCGCUGCACCACGUCCACGGCGUGGUCAACAAGCUGCUGUGUCCGCUCUGGGUGGGCGCCACCUGCGUGAUGCUGCCCGAGUUCAGCGCUCAGCUGGUUUGGGAAAAGUUCUUAAGCUCUGAAACUCCACGGAUUAAUGUAUUUAUGGCAGUGCCUACCAUAUACAGCAAGUUGAUGGAUUAUUACGACAAACAUUUUACCCACCCUCAUGUCCAGGAUUUCGUGCGUGCAGUUUGUGAAGAAAAAAUCAGGUUGAUGGUCUCGGGCUCGGCCGCGCUGCCCCUGCCUGUGCUGGAGAAGUGGAAGGGCAUCACCGGCCACACGCUGCUGGAGAGGUACGGGAUGACGGAGAUCGGCAUGGCCCUGUCCAACCCCCUGACCGCAGCUCGCCUGCCAGGCUCUGUGGGGACCCCGCUGCCCGGCGUCGAGGUGCGCAUUGUGUCAGAAAACCUGCAGAAGGACGGCUACCCCUACGUUGUCCACGCGGAGGGAAAUGAGGAGGACACCAAGGUGACCCCAGGGUUUGAGGAGAAGGAGGGGGAGCUCCUGGUCAGGGGUCCCUCUGUGUUCCGGGAAUACUGGGACAAGCCAGAGGAGACAAAAACCGCCUUCACCUCGGACGGCUGGUUCAAAACAGGCGACACGGCCGUGUUCAAGGACGGCAGCUACUGGAUCCGCGGCCGCACGUCCGUGGACAUCAUCAAGAGCGGCGGCUACAAGGUCAGCGCCCUGGAGGUGGAGCGGCUCCUGCUGGCCCAUCCCAGCAUCACGGACGUGGCUGUGAUCGGAGUUCCAGACGUGACGUGGGGCCAGCGGGUCAGCGCAGUGGUGACCCUUCAAGAGGGACACUCGCUGUCCCACAGGGAGCUCAAAGAGUGGGCCAGCGGUUUCCUGGCCCCGUACGCGGUGCCCUCGGAGCUCCUGCUGGUGGAGGAGAUCCCGCGGAACCAGAUGGGGAAGGUCAACAAGCAAGACCUUGUCAGGCAGCUCUACCCGCGCGACUGGGGUGCCCCCGAGACCGGGCGCCAGUGAGCCGGCUUCCCGCCUGGCCACACCUGACCGGAAGGAAACCGCCUCGUGCCCUCUGGCCCGGCCUCGUGGCCACGGCGCCCCGCACGGCUCCGUGUGCUCUGCAGUCCCCGCCCCCCAGGUCCCUGCGGGUCUGGAGGUGUCACGGGGGAAGCAGGUCUCCCUGGAAGCUCAAUAAAGGCUCCACAGAGCAGCAGACGCCUGUCCUGCGCUCCUUCCCAGGGCCUGCGUGGUCCCCACCCACGGCACAGGGAGGGCCCGGUCUGCACGCGUGUGCAUGGUGCGCAGGGCGGGGGUCUCUGGUGGACUCGGACGAUGGUCCUGGGCGUCCAGGGGAGGGCGUUUCCCACCACACGAGCGCCUUGCUGGGGUGUCCGGCACCCGUGGCCCUGGCAGAGGCUCUCUAGGCCUUCAGGGCCAGGGACGCAGCUCAUGUGACCAGAGGGUGGGGGGCAGAGUGCCUGACCCUCGGCCCCCAGAGGGGACCUCCUGGACCAGGGGUCGGCACACUCUGGGACGGGCCAGGGGGCCAGAAUUGGGCUCUGGGGCCAGUGUUCCUUGUCGAGGCCGCAGCCCGGGUCCCACGGACCUCAUACAGAGUCCAAAGUGCUCAGUAGCCAGAGGCCGACCACGAAAGGCCCCGCAGCUGCUCUCCUUGACCCCCAUCCCCUCCCCUGUGCUGCUCCCUCCACAACACCCCCUGCCCCCUUUGGUCUUUGGAUGUCUCCCUCUCCUUCCCAGACCCCCCACCUGCCCCUGCUGCCCGGCCCCCAGGUUCCCUGCCCUCCCCAGCCAACGGCAGAGGUGCCUUUGGAGGCCCAGGUGUCAUGGGGAGGAUGGGCAGGAGCCAGGACAGAGCCGAGGACCUGGUGGGCAGCACGUGGGGGCCAGGGCUGCUCCCCCACCCUGUGUGCGUGGCCUGUGACUCCGCGAGGCCGGCCCCGGGCACGGCGUUUGCUCGGAGGAACGUCCAUCCCAGCGCCCUCCUGCCCGAGCCCUGGACACGCGCUGGUCACCCGCCUGUGCAGCAGGCCAGCCUUCCGGCCUCGGCGCUGGCCCGCAGCCCAGUACUCUCAGGGCAGCACUGGACACUCUGGCUCCUGCUGUCCUCGUGUCCUGGGACCUGGGGACCACGAGCUCCUGGGAAGAAUCGGCUCCCACGUCCCCAGAGCUUUACUUCACCCCACUGGUUUGACUCUGUGUCUUAAUACUGAAAAUUUGAUUCCUGAAAA